CGCGACAAGAUCAUCAGUUCAAGACUCGCAACUUGAGAUCACUUUCUCUGGGUAGGCUUUUUCAUGCCAUACGGCUAUCGUAGGGCGUCCCGUCAGUUUUACAUUUUGACCAUGGACAAUUGUGACCGAGAAAAGCGGGGUCUUCGAAUCACAACUUGGAACGUCAAUGGAAUCAGGUUAGGACUUGCAAUUCUGCUGCUGUAGAAUCAUUUGAACGAGGAAAUCUCGAGUCUGACACCAUGGCAGAAAUCCUUUUGGCUAUCAGCCUUGGCGUCAAGAAAGAACAUUCGCCGCCAUGUUUGAUAUCCUUGAGACGGAUAUCGUUGUGAUGCAAGAGACGAAAAUCCAAAGGAAGGACCUGCAGGAUGACAUGGUUCUGGUUCCUGGCUGGGAUGUCUUCUUCAGCCUUCCAAAGCACAAGAAAGGAUACUCAGGGGUUGCCAUUUACACUCGUAAUGCUGUGUGUGCUCCUAUUCGAGCCGAUGAGGGUAUCACAGGUGUUCUUACCCUUCCCAAUUCAACUACAAGCUUCUCCAAUCUCCCCGAUGACCAGCAGAUCGGUGGCUAUCCAACAACCAGCCAGCUCUCGGACUGCUCCCUUGACGCCGCUACUCUUGACUCUGAAGGUCGUUGUGUCGUGCUUGAAUUCCCAGCAUUUGUCUUGAUAGGUACCUAUUGUCCUGCAAAUCGAGACGAAUCGAGAGACGAGUUUCGGAUAGGAUUCUUAAAUGCUUUGGAUGCUCGUGUCCGGAAUCUGGUCGCUGCAGGUAAGAGGGUGUUCUUGACUGGUGACUUGAACAUUAUCCGAGAAGAGAUGGAUACUGCCAAGGUCGAAGAUCAGUUGCGCAAACAACACCUGACCAUUGAGGAAUACUUCUCCGCUCCUGCAAGGAGGAAAUUAAACCAACUUCUUGUUGGAGGCAAGGUCUAUGGAGAGAGAGACGAGGGUAUGGAAGAACCGAUUAUGUGGGAUAUAUGUCGAUCCUUCCACCCAACUCGCACAGGGAUGUUUACGUGCUGGGAGCAAAAAAUCAAUGCUAGACCUGGAAACUUCGGGUCUCGGAUCGACUACGUACUCUGUAGCCAGGAUUGGAAAGACUGGUUCUGCGAGUCUGACAUACAAGAAGGUCUGAUGGGCUCAGACCACUGUCCUGUAUACGCCACACUGAGAGAAAAAGUGGACAUUGGUGGCAAAGAGGUGUAUGUGAGAGACAUUAUGAGCCCUGGAUUCUUCAAAAAUGGUGUGAGACAGGGUGACUGGUCAACAAAGAACCUGCUUCCGUUAUCUGCCAAGCUUAUCCCGGAAUUCGAUCGUCGAAGAAACAUACGGGACAUGUUCAACAAGAAACCUGCACCACUAAGGGCUGAGAGCUCAAUGUCUAUUGUUGAAUUAAAGGGCCGAAACAAUGCAUCAUUCCGACAGAGAGGGCUUACUAGGAUGAAUGAGGAUACUGCAAAGGCCCUCGAGAACAACCAGGCUUCGGAGAAAUUGGUAAUGGUAACACAAGCAAACGAUUCAUCGAGCACCAGACGAGCGAAAGAUCUUAUGUCACCUUCCGACUCAUUUCAUACGAAACCUGCCAAGCGGCCCAUUGAGGCCUUGCCCUUCAACCGACCCCAAAAGCGAGGGAAAUCGGGUAUUCUGUCAGUGUCAACAGCACAAGCAGAGAAGGGGCAAAUCAGUCUUGAAGGGUUCUUCAAGCCCAAAACACAGCAGUUAGAUGGCCACUUUCCGCUUAUGUCCGAUGAAGAAUCUGAUAUUCUCCUCUUCGCAAACAAUAAUGCUUCCUCUGAGUUUCCAACGCCAUCCCAUCAACAUGCCGAGAAACAACAGAUCUCGCAUAAACUCGAAACAGACUCACACAGCAAGCCCUUCAAUCUUACAGACCAAAAGAGCGUCAUUGAUCCUAUCGUAUCGAAGGAAAGCUGGUCGAAACUCCUCGGGAAACGGGUGGCACCACGAUGUGAUCACAAUGAGCCUUGCAUCAGCCUUGUCACGAAGAAAGCGGGAGCCAAUUGUGGCAGAUCUUUCUACAUGUGCCCUCGACCAAUAGGCCCAUCUGGGCAAAAGGAGAAGAACUCACAAUGGCGGUGUGGAACCUUCAUAUGGAGUAGCGAUUGGACUGGAGACGGAAAUUGACUGCUGCUUUUCGAUGAGAGGGUACGUGCAGAUCAACUCUGUGGCGGCGACAACGCAUACCUGGAUGGCUACCAAACUUCUGGUCAUACUGAAGAGCGCGACGUAAACAGCAGAAUUUUGAUUCCUGGAGACGGGGAGGGGCAAUACUGGAGACCACCUUUUAUGAAGAUGACGGAGGGACAACGUCAGUGUGUAGUGAGCAGAUUAGAGAGGAAUACCUGGGCCAUGUUGUGCAGGCGGGAUCUAGGAUGGAAAAGCACUCUUCACUG